AUGAAAGAUCAACUUUUACAAGGAAUUAUUGAACCAGUACUUGAUGAGGCAAAAGAUCAUGGACAGGUACAUUGUUUACCGCAUCGACCUGUUUUGAGAAGUGAUAAAAUUACUAGUAAAGUGAGAAUUGUGUUUGACGCUAGUAGCACAGCAGAGGGCCCAUCAUUAAAUGAAUGUCUUUCUGCAGGACCUUUAUUGACAACUUCCCUCUAUGGUGUUUUAUUACGCUUUCGUUCUCAAAAUAUAGCUUACAUAGCAGAUAUAGAAAAAGCUUUUUUACAGAUAACAUUAUCACCCUUGGAUCGUGAUUAUGUACGAUUCUUAUGGUUUAAAGAUCUUAAUGGCAUUAAUUCAAGUAACAUUUAUACAAAAGAAAUAAUUUCGUACAGACUUUGUAGAGUAUUAUUUGGUGUUACAUCAUCCCCGUUCCUUCUCUCUGCAACACUAAAAAAACAUGCUGAGCGAUACAUAGACAGCGAUCUAAAUUUUGUUUAUAAACUCAUGAACUCAUUACAUGUAGAUGACCUUAACGCAGGAGCUGAUUCCAUAUAUGCAGCAUUCCAAUUUUAUCAAAAGUGUAAAUAUCACCUACAAAAAGCAGGUUUCAAUUUAAAGAAAUUUGAAUCAAACUGUAAAGACUGGGAAAAUUUAGUAAAUAACCAAAACUUUAAAUCUCACAACACUACUAAAGUACUAGGUUUGAAUUGGAACAAGGAAAAAGACAUUUUAACAUUUGAUCUAGCAAAAGUGUUAACUGAAAUAAAAGCCAACAAAAAGAGAUAUACUUUGAUUGAUAGCUAG